AUGCAGCUCACCGUCCUCGCCGCCGUCCUGGCCACUGCCUCCGUGGCCAUCGCCGGAGCCAUCCCGCCCAAGUGCGGAACCUGCAACCCCAUCUCGGGCCAGAACAGCUGCGACCCGACCACAUCGUGCAUCAACACCGGCUCGACUUUCCACUGCGCGUGCCGCGCGGGCUACAAGGCGUCCCGCCACAACGGCGACAUCGCACAGCAGUUCCGGCUGCCCAUGCCCAACUACGAGUUCCUGGUCUUUGUGCCGGAGAAAACCAAGUGCGAUACGCUGUGUGAUGACCCGUAUGCUAAGGCUUCGGAUAUCUGCAAGGAGGUGCACUUGUAUGAGAAGUGCGUUGUUUAA